CGUAGGAGGUCGCUACAUUCGUCGACCUUGCUUUGACUUUGUCGACUCAAAGUGUUCCGGUGAUAAAACGUCCCGAAAGGUAGUCGAGACUUUUGUCGCAACUUGUGCUACCGAACGGAGGUUAUCCAACUUUCGAUACAUCGUCGAAACAUUGAACGUUCAAGCGAGAAUUAUUUCAAAGCCAAUUUCACAUUUCACUCGCAAAGUUAUGGCAUUGAAUAAGCUCAGCAUCGACAAAGUGGAUCUGACGGGCAAACGGAUUCUGAUACGGGUAGACUUCAAUGUGCCGUUAAAGGAUGGUAAAAUAACUAAUAACCAACGAAUCGUAGCCGCGUUGGAUACCGUUAAAUACGCCCUCGAGAAAAAUGCAAAGUCCGUUGUAUUAAUGUCACAUUUGGGACGUCCGGACGGUAAACCGGAUAUGAAAUACACUUUAAAACCAGUCGCCGAAGAAUUAAAGUCGUUACUUGGAAAAGAGGUUUUGUUUCUGAACGAUUGCAUCGGAUCGGAGGUGGAAGCUGCUUGCGCCAACCCUGCGCCUGGAACCAUCAUCUUGCUAGAAAAUUUAAGGUUCCACGUAGAAGAGGAAGGGAAAGGAGUGGGACCCGAUGGAAGUAAAAUUAAAGCGGAUAAAGAAAAAGUCUUGGAAUUUAGAAAGUCCUUAAGAAAACUUGGAGACAUUUAUGUCAACGAUGCGUUCGGUACUGCGCAUCGAGCUCACAGUUCGAUGAUGGGAGAGGGAUAUGAAACGAGAGCUAGUGGUUUUCUUUUGAAGAAAGAAUUGGACUACUUCGCUAAAGCGUUAGAUAAUCCUGAAAGGCCAUUUUUGGCUAUACUAGGAGGCGCGAAAGUUGCUGAUAAAAUACAAUUGAUAAAUAAUAUGCUAGAUAAAGUUAAUGAAAUGAUUAUUGGAGGUGGAAUGGCGUAUACUUUCUUAAAAGUAUCAAAAAAUAUGAAGAUAGGCAAUUCGUUAUUCGACGAAGAAGGUGCAAAAAUAGUCAACGACCUAUUGUCAAAGGCUGAGAAGAACAAAGUUCAAAUACAUCUGCCAGUCGAUUUUAUUACUGCGGAUAAAUUCGCGGAAAAUGCUGCUGUCGGCUCAGCGGAUUUAGAAAACGGCAUACCGGACGGUUGGAUGGGUCUCGAUGUUGGACCAAAAUCACGAGAAUUAUUUAGCGAACCGAUUAAAAGAGCGAAAACUAUUGUGUGGAAUGGCCCAGCAGGUGUUUUUGAAUUUGAACAGUUCAGCAAAGGUACAAAGGGCCUCAUGGAUGAUGUUGUUAAUGCUACAUCGCGGGGUGCUAUUACCAUAAUUGGAGGUGGUGAUACAGCCACGUGUGCUGCUAAAUGGAAAACCGAGGAUAAAGUAAGCCAUGUAAGCACCGGGGGCGGUGCCAGCUUGGAACUCCUCGAAGGAAAAGUCUUACCAGGAGUGGAGGCGCUCUCUCCUCUAUAAAUUAGCAACAUGUGCAUUCAAAAGCAUCGAUUGUCGUUCAAAUUUUAAAUAUGUCUAAGCAAUAGUCUUACAACGGCAAGUCUAUCGUUGCGGUUCCCAUGUAACACAAAGCUGUCUACGAAUAGAGAGAAGAUGUAAACACCCGUUCAAUGAUCGAACAUCAAAUAGAAAUAUUAUAUUGAUUCCUUGGAUCGAUAGAAUUUAGUUAUUGCGGAAAUCGUGAUGUAUUAAAAUACCAUUUAAAACAAUGGAAUGUUAUUUCCCACAGGUUAAAACAUACAAUUACAAAAUUCGGGUUUAAACGUAAUACCACCGUAUUAACUUUGUACGUAUAUCAACAUCUAUAUAUAUAUACAUAAUAUGUAUAUAUAUACAUGUACAAAUUCUAAAACUUACAGACACACGUA